AUGGAGGCAGCGCGAGUGUAUCAAGAAGCAUUAUACGCGGAAUUGGAGUGCCGAAUUGGCAUUUUGCAAGAAGCGGACAAAAAUCACAAAGGCUGGUGGGCGAUUCCCCCACCAAUUGACUAUUUACGUCAUUACAGCAAGACCCAUGGGAAUUUGAUACAAUUUGGACACUUAACACCAAAUGGGAUUCUCGGAUUUGCACGAGACCACAACGUGGCGUUUUGUGCAGGCCUGAGUUUAUUAAAAACUCCCAAUGACUAUCCAAUUUACCCGUGUGUUGGACGCCCACCUUAUUGGUCAUGUAACGGUGGAAUUGUAGAAGGGCAAAAAGUAUCUGCUAAACAUACCCACACCGGAACGGCAGGAAGAACGGGACAGUGUCUGGUGAUGCCAUAUUACAAGAAUCCUGAUGCAACGGGAGCAGAAGGAAACAUUUUCAAAAAAUUCAUAACAUCAGAAUGGUUUCUACAAGAAGAACCAUUUAAUUUGGAAAUAAUCCUGCCCCGAGCCAAGAAUGCAGAUACAACAACACCAUAUCAUCGUCUAGCAGUGGGAAGCUUGGUGGAACUGAAGACAUCACCGAUUUUAGGAAUUGUGAUGAUCAUGACUGAAGCG